AUGUCUUUCUCCAGAGCUGCUUCCAUUCGCUCCGCCCUCCGCGUUUCGGCGCGUCGUACAAUUCGGCCUCAGUACCGUCCCCAGCUCACCCAGAGGACUUAUGCCAGCCAACACGGCGCAAAGCCCCAGAGCGAGCUUCCUCUUGCCAUUGGCUCACUAGCCGUCUUCCUUGCCGGCAUUGCCGUUAUCCAACCUUGGAACAGCCCGUCUCCCAAGAGCCACGGCGCCCACGCUGGGCACGACGAAAAGCACGAAGAAGCUGAGGAGGGACCCAAGGAGGAGGAGGAGAUGGACCAAAAGUCGGACAAGUCUGAAGAGAAGUCUGGGGAUAGCUCUAAGAAGGAACAAUCCGAGGACAAGCCCACGGAGAAGAAAGAGGAGAAGUCCGGCUCCAAAGAGAAGUCCAAGGAGGACUCGAAAGAAGACUCCAAGCCUGAGAAGGAAGAAUCGUCCGGCGACGAGCCCAAGGAGAAGCCCGAGGACGACAAGAAGUCGGGCGAUGACUCCAAGAAGGAGAGCAAGUCCGACGUCAAGAAGGAGGAAAAGCCCGACGACAAUAAGGGGGAAAAGUCCGACGACAAGAAGUCGGGCAAUGACUCCAAGAAGGAGAGCAAGUCCGACGACAAGGAGGAGCAAUCUGAGGACAAGAAGGACAACUAA